GUAAUAGGCGUAGUUAGAGGAAACCUGGGUAUCAUCAAAACUGCGCAAAACGAAAAGCACUAUCAAAACGCCAUUAGAGUAGAUGACUAGAACAAGAUUGUGAUUACUUCUCUCUGAUCAUGCUUAAAAUACCCUCUUUCUCCCCAUCCCCUCUAUAUAUAAAGACGGUUCCUUGAAUGAGCAAAACAGUUUUUUUUGUGAGAGUGACGGGCAGGAUGAGAUUUGUGCCUGUUGGAAGCAGCUUUAAAUUCCCAUAUUGAAUACCCAAAACAUUCUGUCAGUAGUUACCUGAAAUGACCGUUUGAGACUCUACUCUUUCUUUUUCUCCCAAAAAAGCAGAUAAAAUGAAACCUCAAAAUUGGGUUUUGCUGGGCUUAGUGUUGGUUCUUGCCACCGUUCAGAGCAUUCAUUGCAGCGUCACUUAUGACAAUAAAUCUCUCAUCAUCAAUGGCCAGAGAAGAAUUCUUCUUUCUGGGUCCAUUCAUUACCCAAGAAGCACACCUGAGAUGUGGGAGGGCCUCAUACAGAAAGCUAAAGAUGGAGGCUUGGAUGCUAUUGAUACCUAUGUGUUCUGGAACAAUCAUGAACCUUCACCUGGCAAUUAUGAUUUCGAGGGAAGAAAUGAUUUAGUUCGAUUCAUAAAGCUAAUACAUCAAGCAGGGAUGUAUGUGCAUCUCCGCAUUGGUCCUUAUAUUUGUGGAGAGUGGAAGUUUGGGGGGAUCCCUGUUUGGCUGAAAUUUGUUCCUGGCUCCACUUUCAGAUCCAAUAGUGAACCUUUCAAGAUGGCUAUGCAAAGGUUUGUCCAGAAAAUUGUCCAAAUGAUGAAGGAUGAAAACCUUUUUCAGUCACAGGGUGGCCCCAUCAUUCUCUCACAGAUUGAGAAUGAGUAUGGGUUAGCAAGCAAGGCUUAUGGGGCAGGCGGGCAUGAAUACAUGACUUGGGCUGCAAAUAUGGCGGUUGGUCUUAAAACUGGAGUCCCGUGGGUGAUGUGCAAGGAAGAUGAUGCACCAGAUCCAGUGAUAAAUUCUUGUAACGGUUUUUAUUGCGAUUAUUUUUCUCCUAACAAGGCUUACAAACCCAAGCUGUGGACAGAGGCAUGGAGUGGCUGGUUUGAAGAGUUUGGAAGUGCAAUUCACCAUAGACCUGUUGAAGAUCUGGCCUUUGCAGUUGCCCGGUUCAUCCAAAAAGGUGGCUCCUUUGUGAAUUAUUACAUGUAUCAUGGAGGAACCAAUUUUGGAAGAACAGCAGGAGGUCCUUUUCUUACUACUAGCUACGACUAUGAUGCUCCUAUAGAUGAAUAUGGUUUAACUAGACAACCCAAGUAUGACCAUUUGAAGAACUUUCACAAUGCUAUUAAGUUAAGUGAGAAAGCUUUAGUCAAUGCAGAUCCAACUAUCAUACAAUUAGGAAGCUACCAAGAGGCACAUGUAUUUUCCACGUCUGGAGAGUGUGCUGCUUUUCUCUCAAAUUUCCAUCUGAAUUCAUCAGCCACUGUGACAUUCAAUAAGAAGCAAUAUACACUUCCACCUUGGUCAACCUCGAUUCUUCCAGAUUGCAAGAAUGCUAUAUUUAACACUGCCACGGUGGAAGUGAAGAAAUCUGAGGUGCAGAUGCUGCCCACAAACAUUCCAACGCUCUCCUGGGCAACAUUUACUGAAGACAUAUUUAAUGAAGAUAGUGAUUCAAAGCUUACUGUUAGUGGUCUGUUGGAGCAAUUAAAUGUCACCAGGGAUACCAGUGAUUAUCUCUGGUACAGCACCAGUGUUAAGAUGAGUCCAUCUGAGUUCAUCCAAGGACAACAACCAGCUCUCACAGUGCAAUCAGCAGGUCAUGCAUUGCAUGUCUUCGUCAACGGGCGAUUCUCAGGGUCAGCUUAUGGAACUAAAGAUCACCCAGAGUUCAAAUAUACACUGAAUGUCGCAUUGCAAUCUGGAGUGAACAAAAUUUCUCUCCUCAGUGUAGCAAUUGGAUUGCCGAAUGAUGGUGCCUAUUACGAAAGACGGCACACAGGAAUCAUUGGACCCGUCGUAUUGCGUGGACUACCCAAUGGACCUAGGGACUUAUCUUGGCAGAAAUGGUCUUAUCAGGUAGGUUUGAGAGGUGAAGCAUCUAACGUAGUUUCACCAAAUGGAAUUUCAUCUGUUGGAUGGGUUGAAGGGUCCUUAGCUGUGCAGCAACAGCCCCUGACUUGGUAUAAGUCCUAUUUUAAUAAUCCGAAAGGAAAUGAGCCAUUGGCAUUGGACAUGGGCAGUAUGGGAAAGGGUGAAGUUUGGAUCAAUGGCCAAAGCAUCGGUAUCAUGUUCCUCGGUCCUGGCUAAAACAGACAGACAACCUGCUGGUGGUUUUUGAGGAGAUAGGCGGAGAUCCAUCUGGAAUCACGGUGUUGAUUGAAGAUCAUCCAGCUCAAGAAUUGAGUUUUAAACUAAGGUUUUUAUUGAAAAACAACCAUCCCAAGAAUUGUGUUCUGAACUAAGACAAGCACAUGGAUUCAAAUGAUUAAUGGCCUAAAAGUUGCAGAUUCAUUUGUGCAGAGAUUACCGCACCUAGCACUUCACCCAAUCUAGGAGACCUCCAGAUAAUCACUACUCCUAUUUUACCGUCACUAUAUAUACAGAUGCAGGACGACAUUAGGGCUUCAUACUACCACUUCUUGAGUACCGGAGGUACUCUCUAAUUAAAAAAAAAAGAUAAAGAUUGGAAAUCCUGGCAUAUCAUGGAAAAAACCAUGCAAAUUUGUAUUGUGGGAUCAUGAAUGCCUUCGACUACUUAGAAGAUUUGCUCUAGAUCUUAAAAACCAGAUGCUUGAGGUUGGUAGACAAGGAAAUUCGUAUUUCAGAAGGCCAAGUGCCAACAACUUAUAUCAUGAAUGACUUGCAUAGACUAGAAUCCAACCAUUUGUUUUUUUUUAUUUAGAAUUUAGAGUUUUUGUUCAACUUGUGUAUUUGCACUAUAUGUCUUCUCUAUUAAACACUUGGAGUUCUCGCGAGGAUUAAAUAUUGCAAAACACUUGAAUGAAAUCAUUUCAUUUCUACUUCUCUUUUUAAUAACAUGUAUGCUCCUUCUCAAUCGUAAUGACCUUUAAA